UUGGUUAAAAAAGUGCAGUUUAAUUUUUAAUUUGAAAUCUCUCUCAUAUGCUUUGCAGGUCAGGGGAGACAAAGACCUAAUUAGCUCAAACUUGUCCCCACUCAGUGAGAUCUUGUAUGUAUAUCUUGUGAAUGAAUUUGAUUUUUUCUCUUGGUGUGGCGCUGCGGAGAUCGUCUUCCUCCUCCUCGAGGGUGGCGAUUGUGCGCGCCGUGAUGAGAGCACCGCUGUCCGCCGACGACGAACUGAUUUUCUUGGCGGCCGGGAUGCGUUCCCCCUCGAGGGUGGGGAUGUUCUCGAACGCGAAGAAGCGGUCCCCCACGACGCUCCUUCCUCGUGCAGCGACGACGGCGAGGGCACCGCCGUCCGCCGCGAACCCGCCCGUUCUGCCGGCGUCUCUGCUCGUGCUUCCGCCGCGGCAGCGAAGGACAACCCGCCGCCGCCGACUGUCCCCGCAGCGACGAUGGCGAGGGCACCGCCGUCCGCCGCGAAGCCGCCCGUUCUUGCUUCUGCCGGCGUCUCUGCUCCUGCUUCCGCCGCGGCAGCGAAGGCCAACCCGUCGCGACCAACUGUCCCCGCAGCGGCUUCCGCUUCUACGUCAGCAUUGGGCGGGCCUCCAGUUAGCUCCUCCUCCAGGAAGAGGAAGGCUACCUCGUCCUCCUCGCCGGCGGGCGCACCAGCUGCUCCAUCUCCGGCAGCGGCGGGGGUUCCGUACAGGAGACGGCUGAACACUGAAUGCGACCGCAUUCGUGCACACCUGCGGGGCCCCUUGGGGUUCGGGAAAGACAAACUGAUGAGGGCGGCCGCAGGCAAGAUACAGCGCCAGACGAAGGCGAUCGUGGCCUGGGACGGGAUGAACGGCGAGCAACAGCUCCGCCACGUCGUUCCAGGCAUCGACUCAUUGGCCUCCUCCACUCCACCGCAAAUUUCAUGGACACAUUACCACCUGAUGAGGAUCCACAGGCCAGUGCACAGGGCCCUCCAGCUGGACCGGAGCCUGAUGCGCAGACCUGAGCCUGAUACUCUUGAGUUCUCUUAGAUUAGGUUCCAAAAUCCAAGCAGUAGUGUUUUUUGUAAUAUUUUGCAGCAUCAAUUUGAUGCACAGUGGCCACAGUUUAGUAAUCCCUUCAAACAGUUUUCAUCAUUGUUUGACACAACAACAGCUUUCAUCAUUGUUUGACACAACAAUGCCAAAGCGUGUGAUAAUAUAUUUGUGCCGUCAGGCAUCAAACUGAUACAUCAAUA